CUACGAGAAUCUUAGAGAACUCGUCCACAUUGCAUUACAUCUGUUUGAAAAUGAGGAUCCGUGACUUGGGAUAUGCGCCCGGCCGUUUCAAGCCCGGCCCCCAAAAUAGUGUUUUAGACGUUGAAGGAGUGCGUGUUGGCCAAGUCACCAUCCACGAAGGCAGUGAUGUGCACACAGGCGUCACUACCAUCCUGCCACGCGAUCCGGACUUCGUCAGGACUCAUCCUUGUUACGCCGGAUUGCAUGUGCUCAAUGGUAUCGGCGAAUUGACAGGGACCCAUGGGGUUGAAGAAUUUGGGACUAUCAACACCCCAAUUGCUUUGACAAGCACCGUCAGUGUGGGAAAGGUAUAUGACGCUCUCUACAUGUGGAUGUUCGAUAGGGCCAAAGAUGCCGGCGAAGAUUAUGGCCAAAUCUUGGAAAACCUUGGCAUCCCCGUGGUCGGGGAAACUCUAGACUGCAUAUUGAGCGAUAUUACCCGAUCGGCGGUGGAGAAGUCCCAUGUGUAUCAGGCGCUUGAACAAGCGAUCCAUAAUCCACAGGUUCUGGAAGGCUCACAUGGAGGAGGGACCGGCAUGCGCUGUCAUGCGUACAAAGGUGGGACUGGAACUUCAUCGCGAAUCGUCCCCGGAGAAACCAAAGACUACACGCUCGGAGUCCUUGUCCAGGCCAACUACGGGUGGCAGACUGAUCUGCAGAUCGGUGGAGUACCGGUCGGGCGAAUCCUGAAGGAGGAGUUGCCCACGAAGCCUGUCCCGAGUACGUCUGGUGAAGGCAGUAUCAUUGUCCUUAUUUUUACCGAUGCGCCGAUGCUACCACAUCAGCUGCGUCGCCUUGCACAGAGAGCCACUGUCGGUAUGGCUCAAGUUGGGGGCCAUGGAACCGGCCGUAACUAUUCUGGGGACAUGUUUUUAGCGAUCUCAACUGGCAAUGUUCCACAGGAGCACCUGAAGUUAGGGGAUCCGGGAUACCGGCCUCGGGUGGAAUACUUCGGGGUCGAUACCAUUCGGAAUGAUUGCAUAGACAGCUUGUUCUAUGCAGCGGCUGAGGCAACCGAGGAAGCGAUAUUAAACGCUCUUGUGGGCGCCAGAGAAGGCCUCACAGGGUUCCAAGGGAAUAGAGCUGAAGGACUACCGGUAGAGAGAGUGGCAGAACUGCUGAAGACAUAUCGUGUCGCUCGGACUUGACAACUUACUUUUAGUCGUUAACACCCCUCCAGUCCCAUGUGCCUAUUCUAAGCUAGAAAGAGACCUGAUAAUCGUAAGUAUAGAUCAAUCCCAUGGUCCACGGUGUGUACUCCAUGA